GCUCGCGUCGUACGGGUCGUACCGAGCUCUGCCAAUUGACGACGUCAUCGACAGCAAGCGAGGCCAUUGCUGGGCCCUUCAUCCAGCUCCAGCUCGUACCAACAUUCCCUCGUCCCGAGCUUGUAGCACCUAGAUCAGAUCAAUGGUCGCGUAUGGCAUAUGGGAAGCACGACAGCGCUAUCAGCUCUCGACGAUGCAUUCGCCGCCGUCGUGGCCCAACUAGGCAGUGACCACAAGGGCAGGUUGACAGAGGCAAAUGUCAGGCAGCUCGCGCUACUCUGCGGCAGUGACAAUGUCCUCAUGGGCGCUCUCGAGCUCGUAGACCAUGGCGAUGUGUGCAAAGCGUCGCUCGAGAAUAGCGAACGCUCUGCCUACGUCGUUGCCGGAUCGUCGAGCUCGUACACGAUCACUCCAGGCUUGACGGACUCGGGCGAGAAGAGCUCUCUGCGCCCAUUCUGCCCCUGUCCUGCGUUCGCCCAAGUCUGCUUGCUACAAGCCAGCCAUCCGUUUUGCAAGCAUGUGCUAGCGGCCAUGAUUGCGAUUCGAUUGGGCAAAGUCCAACAACGCACGGUCUCGCUCGAUAUCCUCGCAAAGGCUUGCAGUAUGUAGAAGCAUAUAUGCAUGGUGCAUUGCGUAUAC